GAGUCCAGUCUGUCUGAACCUCGUCAUUUGGGGCAGCAGGUGUUCUGACAUGUGGACCUAGAGUCAGCCUAGAUCGACACCUUGGUUAUUUAAGGUCCAUCGGGAUGCUCGGUCAGUCUCCUCACCUUAUCGGAGGCAUCUUGUGGAUCCAGAAUCCAAUGAGAGCUGUUCACUGCAACCUGAGCCAAAAUGGCAUCGACCACCAGCUGCGUCCCGAGGACAUGACUUCCCAGCUGGAGGAGGACGAGGAGUUGGUGGACGCGGAGGCCGUCCUGCUGGACGACGACAGCCCGAGUUACCCGGACCUCCGCCGGCCUUCGUACCACCGCCGCUCCCCGCCGCACCGCUCCGUCUCAGAGUCCGAGCUCACCCGGCCUGGAUACGUGAAGCUGUCCAAACCAGUGGCCCUGUGGACUCAGCAGGAUGUUUGCAAAUGGCUGAAAAAGCACUGUCCCAACCAGCAUCAGAUCUACAGCGACUCUUUCAAACAGCACGACAUCACAGGACGGGCCCUCAUGAGACUAACAGACAGAAAGCUGGAGCGAAUGGGGAUUAUCCACGAAGCCCAGAGGCAGCACAUCCUGCAGCAAGUCCUGCAGCUUCGUGUUCGCGAGGAAGUCAGGACUCUCCAGCUCCUCACACAAGCGUCUCUGGAGUGCUCUCCGUCCUCGCCGUAGACGGCCGGAUCGGGCCGGAUCGGGCCGGAUCGGGCCGGACGCUCGCCGCCUCUCCUCCUCCUCACAUCCACCCAGAACUUCCUCCAGUCGAAGCUCCUCGCCUCGCAGGUUUUCUCCACACAGACCUGGAUUAGAAGAACUCUCGUUUUCUGUUUUUUCUCCGUGUGUUCCUGAACGUUGCCCCCUGCUGACGUCCUCCCGUCUCUUUUGGGCCGUUUCCAGUCCAGUGCUUCAACUUCCUUCAAGCUUGACUGAGAUUCUCAGACUGCAGAGAUUUGCACACUUGAUUCGUGAAGGAACAUUUAUGAAGGAAGGUUUUGCACCGUUUACUUUGUAGCUGCACAAUAAUUUCAGCGCAUCUCCUCCCUGUGUCCGUCUGCGGCUCCAGUUUCUUCCUCUUCUGCUGCGCCCUCCUCUUCCUCUUCAUCCUCGGAGAGCGGCGCGUUUCACUCUGCCGCCGCCGCCGCCAUGUUUGUGCUCCGGUCUCUGUGUGUCAUUCUGUGAAAUGGCCCGUCACAAAGUGUUAGAUGAAGCGUGGUGAAGUGUCCAUGUCUCUCUAUGCUUUUCACUGCAUCUGGGUUCUGGACCACAGGGCUGGAAAAACAGGUUCUGGUGUAAAAAACGGACCGGGUCACUAAGGUCAGGGGUGUCCAAACGGCAAACCAAAAACGAUGCAGGUUUGAUCCUCAGACUUUUGAUUUGUAAAAAUGAUCGGAAACAUAAUUUUCUGGAAGUACAACAAACUUUGAAAAUCAAGAAACUUUUACUGGAAAGAGAAAUUUGAUGCACUAAUUUGGCAAAAUAAAGUUUAACUUUUGAAAGUUGUGUGAUAACUAUUUACGUUUACUUGAAUACGUUUUUUGAAAAAAGGCACAUUUAGGAGUCUUUUUACGACGCUGCGCAUUUUACUUUUAUUUGAAUAAAAUUUCUGUUUUUUCUACCCACUGAAUGAAAAACAAACGUUUUAACCAAAAAAUCAACAGAAUCAGAGACAAACCUGCAGUUUUUGUUAGUUUGUACGUUUUUCAUUAAAAGAAACCGAUUUGGGAAAAUUUAUUUUGCUUGAUUUUGUUACUUGUUACUAAUCCAAGUUAUUUUAAUUUUCAUUCUUAGAAUAUGAACCUUUCCGCUUACCUUUUUAUUUUGGUUCAUCUGAUUAUGAAGUUUUUAAGUAUUAAAUGUUUGAUCAUCAGAUCAGUUACUCAGUACUUGAGUAACUUUUUGGACAGUUACUUUUUCCUUUUACUUGAGUACAAUGUUCGGUUACUAAUCCCGUUCUUAUUACUGAAAUUAAUUUAUUCAGUUGAGCCCAAAAGAAAUAGAAAACUAGUUGUAUUUCUUUUAAAGCAGUAAACGUACAAAAACACGAACAAAUUCCUGAGCACUCGCAGAAAUUUUCUACAGAAAUUAAGGAAAUUUCUGAGCUCCAGAAUUUUUUUUUGAAAUUUUGACAUUAAUGUCAGAAGAAAAAAAAAGAAAGAAAAUGAGGAAAUUUCAAUUGUCAAAAUCGUUCUACAAAAAUUCAGAACAUUUUCAGAAAUUCUAUCAGAAAUUUUUUUAAUACACCUUAUUAGAAACUUCCUUCUUGUUUUAGAUCUAUAACACACAUCUGUACUUCCUUUGCUUGUCUUUAGUUUAUUUCACUUUUGAUUCUACAGUUUCUGCCCACGUGGCGAAAAGUUUGGACACCUCUGAUCCAGGAGGGAAAACAGUUCCAGAGAGAUGAAAGUGCAGAAAGGAAAUUCGCUGGCUGUCCCCAAAAGGAUUCUGGGAGUUGAAUUAAUUUGUGGAUGGGAAGGAAAAAAGGAGAAGCGUUUCUGGGAACGAGGAAAUGUUUUGAGUUGAGAUCCUUCACUCUAAUGAGGAGAGGACAAGAAGAAAAGACGAUAGAAAUGACAAAAGAGGAGCCGCUUUUUCAUUUCCUCCGCCUCGCGUUGCUUUGUCUGCUUUUCUAUCUCGGCUAUUUUUAGAAAAGUUAUCUGCAGAAAGUGUAGACGUGCUGUGAGCCGAAGCUCGUCCUGCUGUUAUUUGUUACUCGUUAAAACCAAAUAUUCGGCGCCUCACAAAAGCGUUUGAACUUUGUUGUUUUGUCGUUUUUAACAGCUGAAAUGUUCGGAUUCAGCCGCACGAAGUGGGAGGAACGUUUUUAUUUACAAAUAAACGUCUGAAAAGUAAAAGCCACGAGAGCCAAAAUGAAACAUAAAAAUCUGGAAAGUGUGGUGUACAUCUACAAACUCAAAUGUUGCUAGGUCAAAUAGCAACAUAUAGUUGCUAUUUAGGGUUAGGAUUAACCCUAAUAAUAAUAAUAAUAAUAAUAACAAUAAUAAUAAUAAUAAUGGAGGAAUUGGGUUCCGGUCUAAGAAAGGAAUUCAAAUAAUUGACUUUUAGUUUCUAGGUCAAAUAUCUAACCUAAAAAUGACUUUUCAGAAACGCAUCAGAGCUUGUUUUCAGUCUGUAAUUCCUGGAUGAAUAUCAAUUAUUGGAUGAAUAUUAAUUAUUGGAUGAAUAUUAAUUCCAGUAAUUAAUAUUGAUUUAUAAAAAGUUCUAGCUGAUGGAUUAUUUCACUUCCAGUGAAUAAACCUCCAGGAUUUCAAGUUUUCUAGAAAGAAUUUAAAAUUUUUGGGCUGAAAUUUGCUCUGGCCCUCCACUGCAAAAACAUUAAGUCUCACCAGGUAUUUUUGUUUAAUUUCUAUAUUUGCACUCAGACAAAACUUUCUUGUAAGUUACAAGAGACUUUUCAGCAAGAAAGGGGAGUUUUAUUUCAGUCAAUAAUUUCUUAAUUUUGAUUUUUUUUUAAAAGUUAUAGUUUCAUUGGCAGAUUAUUUAACUUAUAACACAAUGAAAAUGUCUUGUUAUUAGUUAAAUAAUCCACUAGUAAUUCUUUUAAUCAGUGUUAGGGAAUUAUUGACUGAAAUAAAACUCCUCAAAGUUAAGAUUUUGUGUUUUUUCAGUGCAGACUAAAAGGGGCUUAUUACACUGCAAAAACACAAAAUCCUACCAAGAUAUUUUGGUCUAGUUCAAGUGCAAAUAUCUUACCUGAAAAAAGUCAAACUAACUCGUUUCUGCACAUUUUUUAAAUGGAUCUAGUAGUCAAGACUUAUUGACUUAAAACAAGCGUAAUUCAAGUUCUAGAAACUAGAGAUAUUCUUGGUAGGAUUUGGUCAAACUAUCAUUUCCCUCCACAGUUUUUCUGCUUUACUUUGUUUUGGUUUAAAACCUGAAACUCCGAACCUUUCAGCUGCGACUGGACAAAACGCCGAGAGAAAACCUUUGCGAGGCGGAGCGUCAUUCAAGUGUGAUCAGUGACUUAAACCUCAGCUGUAAAUGUGAAUUAUGGCCACUCACUGUUGAUAUUAUAGGCAUUUAAACUGCAUAUAGAAGCACACGUGUCUGUAAUGAAGCUGAACUGUUGACUUCUUCUCCUCUAAAUGUGUAAAUACAACGUUUAGCCGCCACUAUAACGGCGUCAGCUGAUAUUUACCAGACGCUGAUGUAGCCUGAGCUGUUUCUGUCCAGAUGGAAAAGUUUUCAUUUGGAACCAGGUUAAAAAUGGCCGCCAAUAUAAUUUACUUAUACAGGAAAAUGUGAAGUACAACACAAAGUAUUCAUCUUUUUAUAACAAAAUUUAGCAAAACCAAGAGACUUUUACUGAAAAGCCAACUUGGCUGCACCAAAUCCGCUUUUAUUUUUCUUAAGUUUUGAGGGUUUUUAAAGAAAGGUAACCUAAACCUUGUUGUCACUAUUGAAGAUAAAUUUAAUCAAUUGAGCCCAAAAGAAUCUAAAAACUACAUGUUUCCAUUUGUAUAGCAAAAUUUACCACAGCAUAUUGUACAAAUGUCCUUAUUGUUUCUGGAAACAAUAAGGACAUUUCUGAGCUUCGAAGGCUGAAGAUUUGGAAGCAAAAAAAAAAAACCAACAAAAACGUUUAAAUUGUCAGAAAUUAACUUGGAAAUUUCUGAAUUUCAACUGCUGAAAAUUUUAUUAACAUUUUUCUAAAAAGUUUCCUAAUUUUCUGAGAUAAAUCUGAAAAUUUCUUAGUUUCUCGACCUGCACUGCAAAAACCUUUCUGUUUAUUUCUGGUCUAGUUUCUAGUCCAAAUAUCUCUGAACACUUGAAACAAGACAAAACUAACUUAAAGUGACUUUUCAUCAAGACAUAAUAGCUUGUUUUAAGUGAAUAAUUCCUAAAUAUAUAUAAAAAAGUUCUAAUUUCACUGGCAGCUUAUUUAACUUGCAGAAAAAUUUAUUUUCAAACGUGAAAUAAUCUGGCAGUGAAACUAAAACUUUCUUUUUUAUCAAUAUUAAUAAUUAUUGACAUGACGGCUCAUAUUUCUUGCUGAAGAGACACUUGCUAGAUAUUUGCACUAGAAACUAGACCAACAUAAUAAGAAUUCUUUUCACAAUUUGGACCCACAAUAAAUAUCUUGGCAAUUUAUUUGCUUAAUUUUAGGUUGUUUUUAUCUUUUCUUGGUGAAAAAGUUUGAAUCUACAUUUUUGGUGCAAGUGGCAAAACCCUGGUCUCCAGGAAGUGGGUCUCCGCCGCAUUUAAUGGGAUUUCAUUCGUCGCUUGUACAGCACAGACACAGAGCUGCCUGCUGAUUGGAUGGUAUCGAUCAGUUCUCCUGGACGCGGACGGUCGGGCCGCCGGGGAUUGCAGAAUCCUCCAGGAAGCGUCUGAGCGUGUUGACCGGCCACGGAGAGACGGCCGAAGCACAACUGGUUAUUUCACAGUUGGGGGGAGACGCUGCGCUCCUGUGUUUCAGCAGGAAGCGGAAAAGAUGGAGCUCAAAUUGGAGUUUCCCCCCAACGGCUGAUUCCAAGCUGGGAAAGUGUUCAGAAUGAAAGUGGGAAACAGAGAUUGAUGAGGGGAAAUGCUUCUGUAAAGCAAGAGCCGAUCCAAUCUGUUGAAUUAUUAGCAGCUUAAAGCGCUAACGGUUUUUCCCUUCCCAAGCCAAGAGCAACAAGCAAGGAUGUAAAAAUAAAAUCUGAAAAAAAUAGAAAUUCAUUGUGACAAAAUGUCAAAACUUUGUCUCAAUAAUUAAGUAAAUGGAUCCAAAACAAUUCGCUUGUUGGCACAAAAUGGCGGAAAUCGGCGAGGAACAAAAUGAACGAUGCUAGUCAGGAUGAGAACAAGACUGAGGCUCCAUCAGUCCCGUUACAAAGUAUUUGCUCCCACAGAUGAUUUCAAAUCUCAAGUAUUUUAGAUAAAAUUUAAUCUCAGUGAAAUUCAAAUGUUUUCCAAAUGUUUAAUUCACCCAAACCAACCAAAGUGAAAGAAUAAUUACCCAAUAAGCCUCAUAAGUGUUUGGGGAAACUCUUUUCUGUCAUUGUGAAAUAAUUCUGGCUCCCUCUAGUUUUUAAUUCAGCUACAUCUUUGACCUCCGGACUUUGACUAGGCCGAUUCAGAAUCUUUAUUUUUAACUGUUCAGACUCACUUGUGGUGUUCUGCUUCAGAUUUUCUUCACAUCGUGAGUUUAUGUAAAUUAUCCACAUCAUCGAGCUGCAAAGCAGUCCCACACCAUGACUCUGCCACCACCAUGUUUGUCUGUAGAGUUGAUGUUUUCUUUUUUUUUCUAAAUAUUCAACCAAUUGCAGCAGAACACAGAAGUUUCUAUCAGAUUUUUUUCUGGAAGACGUUUUGUUGUUGAGAAGGAGGCUCCACUUCUGCUUUUCAAAGAUGUGUGGUUGUGUAAUUGUACAUGUUGCCUUAGAAGUAGCUUUAUUAAUCUUUUUGUAUAAAUAUUUCAGGUUGUAUUUAAGUUAUUUGUUGAUUCUAGUCGUCUGUUUGGCCUGUUGAAAUUAAGCUAGUCAAUGUGAAUCUAUGAUUUUACGAGCAGGUUGGUUUGAACGAAUUGUUUCCCAUAAUAAAUGAAAUCAUCAUGUGGGGAGCAAAUACGUUUUCACAUUAAUGUAACGUUUCCAAAACAGAACAAGUCAAAUUUUUGAUCCAAUACAAUCAGAAGAGACUAAACUGAAUGAAAUAAAGUAUCAGUACCUGAUGUGUUUUAGCUGCUUUUAGUUCUUCAGUUUUUAAAACGAUAACACUCACAGAAAUUCAGAUUAUUCUUGUGCACUAUAGCCGUGCAUCAAUCUGAACUGUAGCCGGGGUAAUUUUUUGUUUCUUGCCGUACUGCAGAUUCUUCGCUCCCUCCUCGCUGGUUGUAAGUAGCUCCUCGUCCAGAGGCAUGCUGGGAACUCUGCCACUGUGUUCCUGGCUCUGACUUUCAGGUAUAAUCAGCUCGAGACGUAGCCGCUGCGCCGAGGUGUCCAGGAACCUGCCUGAACCGGCACACUUCUCCUAACACCCUCCAAGACAUUUGGCACCAAGAUGCUGAUCCGUGUUAAAGAACAAACUUCAUGUUGCACAAUAUGUCACACACACACACGUAUGUAAGGCAUGCACAAACACACACUGUGGGAUUUACAUAAACGAUACAUUCUCAGUAGAAACCCAACGCGAGCUAUGCAUCAACAAAACUACAAUCGAAAGCGAAAAACUAAAGAAGGAUUUCAGUUUGGACCCUGUUGGCGGCAUGUUUCGGUUCUGUUGUUUUAAAAAGGCAUGAGAACGACCCGGCUCCCCGCUGAGCUACAUGUGAGGAUCCUAAUGAUGGAUAUCGAUGAGAAUACUGAUGAGUAUAUUCAAUAAAGUCAUUAAUCUCAAUGUA